CUAGGACGCGGAAAAGAUGCCCGCAUCGCAAACUGGAUUUGGCAACUUCUUCUUGGAGAGAAACAUCAACAUGCCGACUGGAUAUCAGAUCCCGGUGCUGGGGUGUCCACCGGGCGUGCAGCAGCAGCAGGCUCAGCAUCUGGCUGCGAUAGCAGCUGGGAUUCCCAUACCAUACUCAGGACUACAGGGAUACAACUUUAUUCCCUAUCCGCACCACAGGCACAUUGCACACAUGAGCAGCGGUUUUGACUUGAAAGCCGCCUCUCCGUACCAUCACGCCCUCUUGGCUCGCGGAGGGGCUUUCUAUCCUCCAUACCGUCCGGGAACAGCCGAGGAUCCCAAUAGGGUCGCUAAGGUGGCCACCCGAGAGAGCACCGGCGCGCUUAAGGCUUGGCUGAACGAACACCUGAAGAACCCGUAUCCCACAAAGGGAGAGAAAAUCAUGCUCGCCAUCAUCACCAAAAUGAGCCUCACGCAGGUCUCCACCUGGUUCGCCAACGCAAGGAGACGCCUCAAGAAGGAAAACCGGGUGAGCUGGGCGUCAAAGGGGAAAUCAGAUGAGGAGGAUGAGGAGCAAGACGGGGAAAGUGAUGAAGACGAGCAGAAGUGUCACUUGGAUGAGCACGACGAGGUAGAGCCUCAAACAGAGCGCACAGACGCAGGCGAGCAGGUCGAGAGCGCGUUGGAUAGCUCGGCACCUGUGGAUGCGCGUUUGGAGAUACCGCAUGAGCCAAAAGGCGAACACGAAAACAGAGAGCUUGGACUUGUCGAGAAAACCGAAAAGAGUGACUCUGACCGCACACCCUCAGUUUUGGAAAGUAAAGAAAACAUCGUCAGUUCAAAACCCAAAAUCUGGUCUUUGGCUGAGACCGCCACCUCAGAGACUGUGAAGAAACCUGUCGACAGUUUUUACCACCCUGCCGGAAAACUGUGGGAAGACUGGGCUUCAAGAAACGGACUGCUUGUUCCCUCAUGCUAUACCACUCGUGAACUCGUCUAAGCUGGUGUUUAGACACGAAUGAAAGGAAACUUUCCCACAGCCUUUGCACUUUAAACUUUCAGACCUCAGGGAGUUCCUGAAGUUUGUAUUGAAAUGAAAAUGUGUUGUGAAACCAAAGACUCAACAUGUUGUGUUACUGUAAAUAAAUGUAGAUGUAUUUUUCCACCAACAGACUGUAAAUUAUGAUUCCUUUGUCUAAUCAUGAAGAUUUUU